AUGCAAACUUAACAUUUAGAAGAGAUAGGAGUGAAAGAUCCAAUCAAGAUAGGAGAAGGCUCAUUUGGAUAAGUAUAUAAAGGGAAUUAUAAUGGAUAGGAAGUGGCAGUUAAAGUAAAGAUUGUAUAGUGAUAGUAACAGAUAAUUCAAAAUUCAUUUCUUUCUGAGAUAUCAAUCCUAGGAAAAAUAGAUCAUCCUAACAUAAUAAGAUUACUAAAGGUAAAAUAGUACUGAAAUUAGGAAUUCAAAUUUGGGAACAUGUCUUAUUUAGUUAUGGAGUAUUGUUCAGGAGGAACACUCAAAGAUUACAUUUAAAAGAAGUUAACAGAAGACGAAAUAAUAGGAAUUAUGAGAUCUUUAUUAUCAGCUGUAGAGUAUUUGCAUGCUCAAGGAAUUAUUCAUAGAGACAUCAAACCUGGUAUCUAAUUAUGGAUAUUAAUAAAUAGAUAAUAUUUUAAUCAAAAAUAAAAAUGACUUAUCUUCCAUUAAAUUAGCUGAUUUUGGAUUGAGUUUCUAAUAUGAUGCUGAAAUACAGUAUUAUUAAACAGUAUCUCAUUAAUGUGGAACCUUCAUUUACAUGGCACCAGAAUAAAUACUUAAUAUGUCAUAUAACAAAACUGUAGAUACUUGGUCUUGUGGAAUUGUUCUUUAUAUGCUCUUACAAAAGAAACAUCCUUAUUAUCCUAAAUUUUCUACAAAGAAUUAAUUUAUAUAGAGUUUUCCAAAUAUUUAAUAUGAUGAACCCAAUAAUGCGUCAUCAUUAACUAGAGAUUUUUUGAGGCGUCUAUUAUGCUAUGAUCCUCAUCGUCGUUAUACAGCCUUAUAAGCACUUUCACAUCCAUGGAUCACACGACGUCAUUAAGAUAGUAUUCCUAUGGGUUUAAGAGAAUUUGGUAUUUGUAAACAAUUACAAGAGAAGAUGAUAUAGUAAAUUAAAAUGAUUAUGUUCUUUUAAUACUUAAUAAAGAAUAGUGAAUUAAAUGAACAUCGCAAUCGAUCAGAAAGCCAUUAAGAAAGUUAAACCUAUUCUGAAACUUCUAUACAUAAAUAGAUAUAAAAUAAAACUAAACUCUUAAGACCAUUGGUUUUAAAGAGUCAAACUAAAUUUGAAUAGAAAUAAGAUGAAAUCAAAGGAAAAAUUAGAUUCUCUUAAUUAACAGCAUUGUUAACUUAAUAAAAAAGUGAAGAAUAAUUUUAAUAUUAAUAACAGAUACAAUAAUAAAUAAUAAAUAAAAUAUCUUCAUAACCAGCAUUGGAUUCUCCUAAAAAGAAAUAUCAUGAAAAACAUAAAUUUAGUGUUGAUUGUGGAAAUGAUCUUCAGAUGAUUUAGUUGGUAUCAUCAGUCUCUCCUAUGAAAGGUGAUUCGGAACAUAGUAAAAUUGAAUCACCUAAAAAGUCAUUUAGAAAAUCUUAAUCUUUUUAAAGAUUGAUACUGCCUCAACUUUCAGAAUCUACAUAAAGUUCUAUAAGUCCUGAUAAACUAGUAAAGAAAGAAUCAAAAACCCUUGUAAUGAGAAAAUCAUAAUCCACUUUAUAGAUAUGUUUAAGAAAGAUUCAAUAAGCUAAUGAAUUAUCUGAACAAAAGACAACAAUCAGAUAGAGGAUGGAAACUUAUGAUUAAAAAAAUUAUAGCCAUCGAAUUAUGUAAAAAGCCAACUCUUUAAAUUCAUCUACGAUAUCUCCAAAAAAUAAACUUAUCCAAUAAAUUAUUUAGUAGCAAUAACAACUUAUUCUUCCAUAAUAUAGAAAAAGAUUAUGA